UAUGUUGUGGUUACUGAUGAGUGCAUGUAAAACUAGCAAAGUUUAGCGUUGUCAGCAAAUCACAUUCAAGCGCAAUUACGUGUUCUUACUUCUUGACAAAACAUUCCUAAACUCAUAUGAAGUUCAUUUCUGUAUGUGAUUCCAACGUUUUUUAACGGUUCCUUUAAAAGAUGUAACCUAUGGCUGAACAUUUCCGGGGUUGUCUGGAGUCUGAAAUAGGUCCAUGGUGUUGGUAGCAGGGCAGGGAAGGGCAGCCUGGGCUAAUUAUGACGAUCUCGUCGCUUUUAGGAGAUUGAUAGUCCCUUGUCUGACUGCGUAGUACUUAAUACUCCAUCCAAACGUCACAAGUUCAUUAAGGACAGGGGCAGAAUAGGCUACUUGCAACAUUACGAAAUUGACUACUCUGCAUUCAGCCCUCUUUUAAGUCCCUUACAACGCGAUACAAAUACCUUCGAGAGAAAAUACUUAUUUCUUACACAAGUGUUUGGGGAGAAGUAAUCACAUAUCUUCUCAUUUCAUAGCUUUUUUCAGUGUAACGUUGUAUGACAUGUGACGUGACCGCAGGAAUGGGUUGCCCACAUAGUUUCAGAGACGCGCGUAAAUCUCAAAGUCAAUUUAUCGGUUGAACAGGGGCAAGUAAAUUCAGUUUAGGUGAACGACCCUGCAGCACAGCGCGCUGGAUUCCUAUUUAGUUAUGUCAGUCUCGCACUCGCCAUUUGGAAGUGUUAACGUUAGUACUCUAUCCGACUUCCGUGUACUACGGUUAGGGGUGUGAUGGCAGCUAACCUCAUGUCAAUAGUUGGUUAGUGAGUGAUGGACAUAAACUAGUUUGUCACUGUCAGAGACGUGCAUACAUCUCUUAUAUGAUAUUUGCAAGACUUUUACGAAGGAUGGCAGCGCUCACCACCACUGUCCCUGAGAUGCAUGUGAUUUGGGAGACAGAGGAGCUUGUGGCCUUCCUGCACCCUCGCCCCUGGACCCCGGGGACUACUGUGGUGACCCAGAAGACCACUGGAGGCCCAAGUAGUCUCUUUCAGCUGCCUGAACGUGACUUCCUCAGCCUGCUAUUGGGAGCACGAGUAGUGGGGGCUCUGCUGUGCGAGCGCCUGGGCGUCAGGCGCUGUGCCCUCCUCCAUUUCCCCAACAGGCUAGAGGGUCCCCCACAGCUGCGCUUGCUGCCCCUGCAUGGUCUGGAGGCCGACUGGAAGCCCCAUCUGGGAGCAGAGGAGGACUUUCAGCCGCACGACCCUGGCUACUGCACUUCCAAAGGUGGCCCGCGGUGGGACAGUGCAUGUCUUGACGAAGUGCGUGACCGCAUCCGUGGCAAGGUUCCGGCACCGGAGGCCCCACCCAGCUUCGCCUUCUAUGGGGAUGACCCGGAGCACCCAGGGCUGUUUUCGCGGAUCGUGCGCGGCGAGGAGCAGCAGUGGCGCGUGUGGGAGGACGAGGGGCAUGUCGCGUUCCUCACCCCUUUCCCCAACACCCCUGGUCUGACCGUGCUGGUGCCACGGCGGCCGCUCACCAGCGACAUCCUCCGACUGGAGGAGCAGGACUACCGGGGGCUGGUGCUGGCUACGUGGAAGGUCGCCCGUCUGCUCAGGGAGUCGCUGGGAGCGUGGGCCGUUUCUCUCAUCUUUGAGGGCUUUGAGAUUGACUACGCCCACGCCAAGCUCAUACCGCUGGCCCAGCCCGAGGGGAACGUGACCCACUGCCCUCCCAGCCCCCUGCCAGAGUCCUGUGAGAUUUACCCUGGGUACGUGACAUCAGCCGACGGCCCUCCGGCCAGUCCUGAGAGCCUGAGGGAGAUGCAGACCACACUCACAAGGGUUUAGCUGAAGAGGACGUGUUUGUUUGGCGUGACAUCUCAAACAACAGAGAUAGAAUUACAUGAAACAUUUGACAAUAACAAGAUACUUGUUUAGUUGCAAGUGGAUAUGUAUACAUUUGUAUAUUUGACUAAAGUGAUAGGGGCCUUCCAUUCUGUCUAUUUGCCUAUGGUGGGAACAUGCCUUAAGAGUCACGUUAGGGCCGUAGGCAAAUACCAGAGGAGGCAAAUGCCAGAGAGGUUUAUGAGAGUGAACAAGUGAGAGUGUGAACAAGAUAAGUAAUAGCCUAUUCCAGUAUGCUGCUUCCUUCAGUUAAGCCUUUUUAUCCUUUGCCUUAAUUUAGGUCCUUUUUCAAGACUGACAUUACACAGUUAUUGCACAUAGUACAUUGAUCCAUGUGCAAAUCUAGAAAUACAUAUACAUAUAAAAUAAUAAUGUUUUUUCAUUUGAAA